GCCAGUGAUAAGAGAACCUUGACUACACCAAGUUGUGUUCACGUUUCUCCGGAGCGGACGAAUUUGAUGAGUGCAUCUUAUCAAGUAAAGUUUAUUAAAUUAUAAAGAUCGCUCCGUAUAUUAUCUGCCGACGAUUAGGCAUUAGAUUCUUGAGAUUAGUCAGCAAUUCGUAUUUUCUUCAUUUUUCUUUCUUAAACAAAACAAUGGAGCUUGGAGUCGUCGAAAUUUUGAUAGGCAUGGCUCUAUUGUUCCUGGGCUUUUAUUAUUACCUCACGUCCAAUUUUGACUUUUGGAAGAAGAGACAAGUUCUAGGACCAAAGCCAAUUCCUAUUUUUGGCAACUUUAAAGACGUAAUACUUGGAAAUAUUAACCCAGCAUUAUUAGUUCAGAAGUUUUACGAUGAAUUCAAAAAUGAGCAGUUUAUAGGAUUGUUUAGCAGAAGUUCUCCCUCCCUUAUGAUUAAAGAUCCUGAUCUCAUUAGAGAUGUAUUAAUAAAAGAUUUUAAUGUGUUUGCUGAUCGUGCUGUCGCUUCGAUUCCGAAAAACGAUCCAUUUAGUGAAAAUCUUCUCAAUUUAGAACAUGAACGUUGGCGGCCUUUGAGAAACAGAUUAUCGCCGAUAUUCACCUCCGGCAAACUAAAAGAUAUGUUUUAUUUGAUGGUCGAUUGUGCCCAAAAUCUUGAAGAGUACGUUAAUGAGUUAGUCAAAAAAGAUCAGCCAGUCGAAUGUCGUGAACUAUCUGCAAAAUUUACAACUGAUUCGAUUGGAGCAUGUGCGUUUGGGCUAAACACUAACGCACUUCAUGAUGAAAAUAGUGAAUUUCGAAGAUUCGGUAGAGACUUGUUUGCAUCAACACUAAAAAAUAAAUUCAGAAGAUUAUUACGUGAGUUGUUUCCAAAGCUCUAUGCGAUAUCUGGUCAAUGGUUGCAAAAUGAUGCGACUCUUUUCUUUAUAAGAUCUAUUAAAGAAACUACAGAAUAUAGAAAAAAGAAUAAAGUAAGGAGGAAUGAUUUUGUGGACUUGCUAAUGGAUUUACAAAAUCAACCGGAAAAGUUAAGUACUUUUGAAUUCACAGAUAGUUUAUUAACUGCUCAAGCUUUAGUAUUUUUUAUUGCUGGAUUUGAAACUUCGUCUACUACUAUCAGUAAUGCAUUAUAUGAACUAGCUUUUCAUCAAGAUGAACAAGAUAAGUUAAGGGAGGAAAUAAUAAGUGAACUUAAAAAAAAUGAGAAUAAAUUAACUUAUGAAAGUAUUAAAAGCAUGAAGUACUUAGAUAAGGUUGUCAAAGAAUCUCUAAGAAAAUAUCCGCCUGGAAGUAUUUUACGACGAACAUCACUGGCUCCUUACACUUUUUAUGGAUCAAAAGUAACGAUUCCUAAGCACACUCCAGUUUUAAUUCCAGUUUGGGCAAUACAUCGUGAUCCUGAAAUUUAUCCUAAUCCGGGUGAAUUCGACCCUGAACGAUUUAGUGAAGAAAAUGAAAAAAGUAGACACCCAAUGCAUUACUUGCCAUUUGGUGACGGUCCACACAAUUGUAUAGGAGCUAGAUUUGCCAAAUAUCAAACUAAAAUUGGCAUCGUUGCAAUAAUAAAUAAGUUUAAAGUAGAUGUAUGCGAUAAGACGUGUCGCACUUAUUUUAUUGAGAAUCGAUCGAUUAUUCCUACACCUGUAGGUGGAAUACAUUUGAAAAUUACGAAAUUGUAACUAAGUUCGAUAUAUAAAAAGCCGA